CCUUCUGGUCAUAGCCGGGAAGAAGGAAGGAGAGAAGGAUUGGGUGAUGGCUGGAGCAUCCACAUCAGGGAUGAAUUCCUAUCUCCCAGUUGCAACCACGGCUGAAGUCAGGCAGGGCGCCCCAACCCGCUCCAGGGGAACCAAGAAGAGGGGAGGAAGGGGGGCAAGUCCACGAUGCUGAGACGGUGGCCAGAGCACCGCCCCCAGGAGAGGAGGGAGGGGGCGGGGCGGGGGGCCCAGCUGCCAUCCCUGCCGCCUCCUGGCCCCCACUCGCUGGCGCCCAAGUGGGAGGACGGCAGCUGCCCGCUCCCUCCUCCCCACAGCCCCGCUACCUGCCCAGUCCCCGAAGCGAAGCGUGAGAAGGCUGAGGGCCAGCCGGGCCGAGCCCACAACUUUGCAGCCUCUGGGCGGGCACGAGCCGGCGUCUGGGCUCCUCUUGUCGGCGACCAGAGCUCGGAAUGUAAUCGAGGAUGCUGGCCCUGAGGCUGCUCAACGUCGUGGCCCCCGCCUAUUUUCUGUGCAUCUCCUUGGUGACCUUCGUGCUGCAACUCUUCCUCUUCCUGCCCAGCAUGCGCGAGGACCCCGCGGCUGCCCCUCUCUUCUCGCCUGCCCUGCUCCACGGGGCGCUUUUCCUAUUUCUCUCCGCCAACGCCCUGGGCAAUUAUGUCCUGGUCAUCCAGAACUCCCCGGACGACCUGGACGCCUGCCAGGGUACCUCGUCCAAGAGGGCUCUGUGCCCCCCACCCAGCACCCACUUCUGCCGGGUGUGCGCCCGAGUCACGCUGCGGCACGACCACCACUGUUUCUUCACCGGCAACUGCAUCGGCAGCAGGAACAUGCGCAACUUCGUCCUGUUCUGCCUCUACACCUCCCUUGCCUGCCUCUAUUCCAUGGUGGCCGGAGUGGCUUACAUCUCUGCUGUCCUGUCCAUCUCUUUCGCCCAUCCCCUGGCCUUCCUCACGCUCCUGCCCACUUCCAUCAGCCAGUUCUUCUCCGGAGCUGUCCUCGGUUCUGAAAUGUUCGUCAUCCUCAUGCUCUACCUCUGGUUUGCCAUCGGCCUGGCCUGCGCCGGCUUCUGCUGCCACCAGCUGCUGUUGAUCCUCCGGGGGCAGACCCGCCACCAGGCUCGGAAGGGGGUGGCAGUGAGGGCCCGACCCUGGCGCAAGAACUUGCAGGAAGUCUUCGGAAAGAGGUGGCUGCUGGGCCUGCUGGUCCCCAUGUUCAAUGUCGGAAGCGAGAGCUCUAAGCAGCAGGACAAAUAGCAGACACUCCAUCAGUUCUCUCCCUCUGAACAUAAGACCAUGACAUCUGUCUCUACCCGUGAUCCACCGCAACCUCCAACUGGUAAGGUCCUUGCACCCGCCCCUGAUCUUCAACCCCUAGGGACAGCGCUGGCUGGUGGGCCAUGGCAGGAAGAACUGCCACCGGGCACUGCUGGGCUUCUCACCAGAUGUCUCUGCUUCUGUUCCCCUUCUCGGGGCCCUCCUUCCCCUCUGCGCCUGGUGCACCCCACUCUACCACCUCUCCUGCCUUCACUCUGUCUGCGGGGAACUCCCCCUCACCUUGGGGGUGGGGAGUGACUCUUGCUGCUGGUAAGGGGCUCCCCAAGACCUGGAAGCUGGCAAAUGUCUAAAAUCACCAUGGGCGAGAAGCAGCCAAGUCCCCUCUGCCAACUGCCAGGGAAGUUGGGAGGGGUGGGCAUGUGUCACCCCCUCUGGGGACGAAGAGCACAGUGGCUUGGUGCCCACACCCAAGGCUCAAAGCUCUCUCUCUCUGGAAACAGCAACCAAAUGGCCUCCCUGCCUGGCCCUCCCCCAGCCCCUGGGGUUUUGCCAGAUGUUGGGAGAGAAAGAAGAGGGAAAGAGGAGCCACCCAAUGAAUGAAGAAGGCAUGUGACUGUGCAGCCCUGUAUCCCUGAAUAGAAGGGUAGGGUGUGUGUGUGUGUGUGUGUGUGAGAGAGAGAGAGAGAGAGAGAGAGAGAGAGAGAGAGAGGAGGGAUUCGCUCUUAUGAACCUAGAGGAAGAAUGCUUAGGGGAGGGAGGGGCUAAUGCAUUCAUUUAUGUUCUGGAUAAAGGACAUUCUAGCAGCUAAAGCUUCAAUGUUGGCAUGGCCAAUGUUGGAAUGGAUACCUGGGCAAGCAGUAGCUCCGCCAUUGGAGGUCAGGGUUAGGGUUAGCGGGGUCCAGGAAGGCCUCUGUCAGACAUGCUGUGCAAGGGAUUUUUUUCGCAAGAAAUCCCUUCCCACUCGGAGAGUCUCUUUGUGACUGCUGGGCCCAGAGGCCACAGCUGCAGAGAUGUCUGUGAGCUAUUUGCUUUCAUGGAGAGAAAGUGGGCAGGGGAGAGGGCUGAAAAAUCAUGAUGCAAACUUUUGAGGCCCAAUACAGCCACUGUGGUGAGGACUACCAGGAUGUUUCUAGUUUAGAGGGCUGGCCAUGGAGGACAGGGAGACCCAGAAGGGUGUCAGGGUCAGGUACGUUGUGGGGAGAGAAAAGCCUGAAGGUCAUGUCCAACUCUGAGGGAGGAGCCUGGGGGAGUGAAGACUGGGGGAUGCGGAUGACCAGAAUAUGACGGUCCAGUUGCCAGACCUUCCCUGCUUGGCUGAGUAGCCCUGGAUGGGGGCACGGCUACACGUUCUGUGACCCAGAGAACCAGACCCCUGGGACACAUGAGGGAGUGGGCGCAACACAAGUGCUGCCACUUGACUGGGUCCCAAGGCUAACCUGAUAUCCAUCCAGGCAGAAGACUGAAGCCCAUACCCUGCAGUGUCCAGUGGGUGGCCACAGGAACGCAACCCUGCUGUGCAACACUGAAUUCUUGAGCAGAGCUCAGAGGACUUGACCAAGGCCCCGCCUUCAUGCCCCCUAGAGGGCUGUGUCCUAAUGUUGACGGCCUGUGCUUCUCCCCUCUGCCUUUACUCAUUGUUCCCCUCACACAUUUAUCCAACAUGGAUUUAUCAAGCACCAACUAUGUGCCAAGUGUCAGGCUCUGGUGAUACAGGGGUGGACAGGACGAUGAGAUCCCUACCGUCAGGGACUCCUUGCCCCCUGCACACUGACUCCCACCCUUUGACAAAUGGUCACUCUGCUAUCUUUGGUGGUCAUCAGGGCAGGCCACUUUGAGGGAAGGGGUGUGGCAGGGCAGACUAAUGGGGAGUCCAGGCUUCAUUGAAGGAGAAGUCACCAGGGCCAUCUGCGUUCCCAGUUCUGGCCAUACGUAGGCGGUGCAGGGGGCGGGGAUGGUGGGAGGCUGGAAAAUCCACCCUGGCUCUCUUCUGCCUUUAUUCAUUCUUUCAUCACUUAUUUCAUUCACCCUGGAGCUCCAGCUUGGAAGCCAGCUGUGCCCUGUGCCACCUCCUGGGGGCUCAGCACCACGGGGCCUGGCAUUCCAAGAGAGGACAAAAAGAGACCCUCAGGGGGGUCAACUCCUGAAACACCGGUCAGUGGAGGUGACCGUGGGGAGGUUGCCAGGUGUGGGACUUGAAUAGCGCUUGUGCACAUGGCCCUGCAUUUGUUGAUGAAGAACAUCAAUAAAAUAUGUGGUUUUAAA